UUUUGGGUGCAUUGGAAUACAAUGGAAUACAUUGAUAUGUACAAAUUCAUAACCGGUGGGCAGGGGAUGCUUACUCCUCUUAGGCACUUAAUCCUACCCGUGGUGUGUCCAACUCUCCAUUUUAUAUUGCUUAUAAGAGUUAUGAGAUUAAUCACCGUUCGUUAACUUCGCCUUUCAUAAUGCACUUAAAGCCGUGUGUUUGAGCUUAUAGAUGAUAUCAUAAUUCGAGUUGUGAAAUAGACGAGGAAAUAUGAGUUGAAUACAUAUUCGAUUUAUGACUUUUUUCACAUACCAAACAAAAUUAUGAUUUCAUUAUCCAAGUUCACUGCAUCCACCGAGUCCCUCUUCUCAGAAGAAGUUUGGUUCAAACUUUCAAUGACUAUUUAAACCGUAUUUAAUCACGCAGUACUCUGAUUUUAUGAUGUAUUGGUAUCUUUGUUUUCGUAGCGCAACUAUGUAUGGUAUGGUGGAGGUUUACAUUUCGAUUGGUAAAAAGUACCACACUGACGAAACAUCUGAUCUACUAUUACUUCUAUAUUGACGUAUACUAUUCCUGAUGUAAAUUAAUCUUCUCUAACUACCGUUGCGUCAAUCUCAACACUUUCGGAGACCCUUUUUGUUUUUCCAUUAUUCUACGACAAUGUAAGGAAUUCCGAGAAAUAAAUUCACAUGCAAAUGCACAAUUAUACUAAUUGCGUAGCUGCUAUCCGUAUCUACCUUAAAUAUGUACGCGCUGUUAAAAUGAAGAAAAUAAUAUUGCCGUUAUACAGCCAAUAACAAGUAUUGCUCCGUGUAAGAAUUUCUGAUUCCGAUAUGGUCAUGCCAAUUUGUAAUCUAGUUCGUCGGAUUCGCCGCUUCUAUUUGUAAUAAAUCCAAAUUAUAAUAUUAUCUAAAAAUAAUAUCCGCCCGCGUGUUAAAAAAUAUCCAUAAAAUAUUUUCGACUUUUUACAACAAGCGCACAAAUGACCUUGAUGCAUGUGCUGACAAAUAACAGAAGCGCGGGCUCUCGAGAAAUUUCCUAACAGUGCAAUACGGUUAAAUUAUUCAGGAUGUCUAUCUUUGAUAUGUACGAUACUUCAUAACACUGGAUUGGAAGUUCUUCAUUAUGCUGUAAUCGAACUGGAAGCCGAUGAAACGUUUGAAGUGCUAUUCGAUGCUACUAUUUAGAGAACAUCGACAGGGUACGAUUGAUUGAUUGAUUAUAUAUUGUAUAAAGUCUCUCUUGAGAAUAUUUCACUCACAUGAAGAUGUUAUCAUUGCUGGUGAAGGGCUGCAAAAUUUAGGCCUAUGCUCAGCGCUUAUGGCAGGGGGGAUCUUUAUCGGUCCACACCUGUUGUGACACGGAUCUGAGUUUUUGCAGUCCUGUCUGAAGGACCGCCCCAUUUUUUCGCCUCUUACGACAAGCAAGGGGUACUGAGGACUACUUUAAACCGGACCGAGAGUUAGCGACAAAUUCACAAAAGGUUUGGUGAUGUUCUAUCAAAAUGCAAGAAAAUGUUCAAAGUGAUGCAAUGGAGAUUUAAAAUCUGGACAUUUCCCUAGCAAUAUGCAUAUCUCUGAAUCGAAAGUUUGUAGAAAUGUUAAAUAAAAUUCAUCAGUUAGUGUUGCAAAGUACAUGUAUUAGGUACAAAGAAAAUAAGUCUUUGAAACCUGAAAUACUUAUUAUUUAUUGUAAACUAUAUCAACAAAGUUGAAAAAAUAUUAAGUUUAUGUGGAGUAAACAAAUGAUAUCUGAUGAUUUUAAAUCUUUAUUUUUAAGCGCCCCCUUUUCAAAAUCACACUGAAUUCAAUUAAAAAUAUUUUUAUUUCUUGUAUUCGCUCGCAUCAUAAUUUUUAUCUCCAAAAUUAAAAAUAAUAUUUGUAAAAUAAUUUCGCCCUCUCGCCUCACCUUUUUUGUUUGAAAAUCCGAAGAACUAUUUUACAAAUUGAUGUAGCCUAUGUUGAUAAUUUCUUUUUUCUCAACUUGUAUAGCUUUGUUUUACUGCUAGUUUGCUUAUCUUUAAAAUUCAUUUUCUUUUUAGAUGCCUUUCUUUUAUGUAAAUAUCAUAUCGUCCUGAAAAAGAGACCGACCGUUCCUAAAAUUUGAUUGAUUGAUUUAUUGAUUGAUUGUUUCCGCCACACUCAACAAUUUUUCAGUUAUAUGGUGGCGCCCAGUUUUUAUUGGUGGAAGAGAGAACCCAGAUACAAUGUACCUGGGAAGAGACCACCGAUAUUCCGAAAGUAAACUGGGAAACUUUCUCACUUACCGGCGCGAGCGGGAUUCGAACCCGCGCCGACAGAAGUGAUAAGCCGUGUGAUUUUGAGCGCGAAGCUCUAACCACUCGGCCACGGAGGCAUUGUUAGUGCCAUUGGUCAUAUUUAUUGAAGUCUUGGUGGAGAAAACAUUUUCCCGAUUGUCGAAAUGUCACAGUGAUACCCACCGUGUCCCUCUGUAUGUUAUUUGUGAUACACACGGAAACUUAUGAAAACCUGACAUUCAGAAAACCAGCAUGGUAGCAACAUGAAUGGCCUGAAGAACCUUUCACUGUUCGUUAUCUUCACCUUGCAUGUGAACUGGUGCACAGCGAAGGUUGUGGACGGAAAAUAUACUGACCGUUCAGAAUCAGGAAACCAAUGUGCUAUAUCAGAUCCAGGUCAAAUAACAGCGACGUGGAGAGUGGACAUGGAGAGUGUGAUCAGCAUCAGUCAUAUUGACAUCUACUAUAGGACGGAUAAUCUUCCGAGUCCUUGGCGGUACUUCAGUCGAUUUGCUGGAUUCUUCUUUUACGUUUCCACCACCACGUCAAAGGAUGAAGUCCAUCUUUGUUUCCAUGAAAUACAGAAUGUGAACGGUAUACCAGUAGAGAACCAGACACUAAGAUGUUCUGUUCACGGACGAUAUGUGAUAUACUACAACGAACGGAGACCGGAUGUCACCCAUCCUAGCUAUUACUGGCAUGAAGCAUACAAUGAACUGUGUGAAGUGGAAGUUUAUGGAUGCCCUGACCCGAAAUAUUAUGGAGAUAAUUGUGAUCAACCGUGUUUUGACAAAUGUCAAGGGAAAGCAUGUGACGUCAGUAUGGGAUACUGCCUGGACUGUAUACCGGGAUAUCAAGGUCUCCGCUGUAGUCAGGAAUUUUCUCCAUGGCCCAGCAGCUGACGACAGCUUCCCCAACAAUGUUUGACAGCAUCAAGGGAUCAUCACUGUCCACAUCGAAAACACCAACCUUAAACGAUAUUGAAG